GGAAGGAAUUGGCAGGGCCUCUCUGUCAGUGGAGUCUUGCUCUCCGCCCCCGAGGCAGGCUGCGCAGUGGCGCCCGAAGCUGGCAGAGGUGGACUCCAGCACCGGGCUUUGCUCGCUUCUUGAAGCUGUGAAUUCCUUUGGACAAUUGAUGGUAUUUAUCAUUGUGCUCAGUUUCUACAAAUAAAAGAUGGGUGGAUUAUUUUCUCGAUGGAGGACAAAACCUUCAACUGUAGAAGUUCUGGAAAAUAUAGAUAAGGAAAUUCAAGCAUUGGAAGAAUUUAGGGAAAAAAAUCAGAGACUACAAAAAUUAUGGGUUGGAAGAUUAAUUCUUUACUCCUCAAUUCUCUAUCUGUUUACAUGUUUAAUUGUGUACUUGUGGUAUCUUCCCGAUGAACUUACAGCAAGACUUGCCAUGACACUCCCAUUUUUUGCUUUCCCAUUGAUCAUCUGGAGCAUAAGAACUGUUCUUAUUUACUUCUUUUCCAAGAGAACAGAAAGAAAUAAUGAAGCAUUGGAUGAUUUAAAAUCCCAGAAGAAAAAAAUACUUGAAGAAGUCAUGGAAAAAGAAACUUACAAAACGGCUAAAUUAAUUCUUGAAAGGUUUGAUCCAGACUCAAAGAAAACAAAGGAGUUUGAGCCACCAUCUGCUGGAGCAGCUGCAACUGCAAGACCUGGACAAGAGAUUCGUCAGCGAACUGUAGCUCAAAGAAACCUUUCUCCAACACCAGCAAGCUCUAGCCAGGGCCCUCCUCCACAAGUUUCAGUCACUCCUGGACCAGCAAAGGACACUUCAGCCCCUGGUGGACCCCCAGAAAGAACGGUUACUCCAGCCCUAUCAUCAAAUGUGUUACCGAGACGUCUUGGAUCCCCUGCCACUUCAGUGCCUGGAAUGGGCCUUCAUCCUCCGGGCCCACCUUUAGCAAGACCCAUUCUCCCCCGAGAACGAGGUGCUUUGGAUAGAAUUGUUGAAUAUUUAGUUGGUGAUGGUCCACAAAAUAGGUAUGCCCUUAUAUGUCAGCAGUGUUUUUCUCAUAAUGGCAUGGCUUUGAAAGAAGAAUUUGAAUACAUUGCCUUCCGAUGUGCCUACUGUUUUUUCUUGAAUCCUGCAAGAAAAACCAGACCCCAGGCUCCAAGACUUCCAGAGUUCAGUUUUGAGAAGAGGCAGGCUGUGGAAGUCUCAAGUUCAGUUGGUCCCUUGCCCUCAGGAAGUGUGAUUUCAUCAGAGAAUCAGAUCAGUGAAGAAUCUGUAGAAGAACAAGAUGUUUCUGAUAGCACUACAGAGCAGACAGAGGACGCGGUAACAGAUACAGAGCAGACAAGCGAAGGGAUUGAAAAAGCACCUGGCACAGAGGAACCAGAGGAGAAGCAAGAAGACACCGACAAUGAGGAAACUGCAAUGAAUGAAGCCAAAUCAACAGUUCCCAGAGCUGAUUCUGUUCCUAAUCCUGAACUGAGUGGAGAAUCUUUGAUGACAAUGUAGUAAAUGCUUCCAUGUGCCUUCAACUGGAUAUUCGUAGUUUUGUUGAUGUCAGUUACUGCUUUUUAGGUGGUGCUUUUUUUUUUGAUACGCUUGAUAUCAUUUGAAUUCAGAUUGCCUGGCUAUUUCAAUAUGUCAGAGUUAUAUCUACUAAAUAUGAAAACUAAAGACAAGUGAUAUCAGUGAAGUAAGAUCCUUUUGAAUGUCCAAAGACCCACAUUGUUUAGACAGCUUUUGGAAAUUUUUUCCAUUCUAAAAGCAAACAAACAUGAUAACAUUCUUGUUUUCUAUAUGCGUGACCUGUAAAUAAUAUUCAUUUUGACAUAGGAAGAACUUUGGUUAGGAAUAAGUUCUAAUGGUGUUUGUUUUAAGAAAUGAAACUCAAUUAAGAUUUUUAAUACUUCAUCAUUAAAAAUUGAUAGAAUUUUUACUCUCAAGAUAUUUGCCAGGGGGAAAAUGUCUAUUUAGGCAUUUACAUUAAGCAGUACGAGAGUUUUAACUAUAACUAGGCAUUGGUACGAAUUCUUGGUAAAAAUGCAAUUGAAGAGUCAAGUGCAGUGUUUCUUUUUGAUGCCUCUUAUUUUGCAGCUGGGCCAAAGGCACAUAAUGUAUAUAAUUAGCUUAUGUUUACAUAAAACAUAUAGGAAAUAUUUCUGCCCUUGACUGUACUUGAAUUCUGAGCAUUAUUUAUACUUGUAAAAUAAUGAUGAUAUUAUAAGUGAAUUUUGUGCUCUUGUGUGUAUUUUGUUAAGGCAAAUAAAGGUGAUCUGGCAGUAAUUUCUUUUUAUUUUUA